UUUUAUGCUUUAUGAAUUGAAAAAGAAAAUGUAUGUCUUGGAUUUCCAGAAGAACGAAAUUUGCUUUAUCUUCUUCAUGAAAGUGUAUUUCAACCUGUGUGAUUAUACGUAAGAUUUGAUCAUUCUGAUGCUUUGCAUAUGAGAAUUCCUAAACAGGCAUUGGCAUUAUUCGUUGAAAUGAGCAGAAAUAUAUGGAAAAAAACUAAUAAGAGAAAGGACUUUUGUAGUGACUGAAUAUAAUUUUGAAGCUUCGAUAUAAAUUAUUUUACUGGAUAUUGCAGAAAAAGAAAUUAAUUAUCUCCCUUUAUUCUAGUCAUUAAAAUUUUUGAUUUGAAGCAAUUUUGGGCUGUUGGAUUUUGCUGGCAAUUGUAUUCAACCUUUUUCUGAAACUGUUGCAAAUGCAAGAAUCGCAAUGUGGUAUCUCAAACUCUAUUCCUAAACAAUGUGGAUAAUGAUUUAGGGAUAAAGCAAGUUCUUACAUUUGAACUAGUGGAGAAUUAACAACAUAAUUAAUUUAAAAAGUUCAUUAAUGUAUGAAUUUCGUUUGAAAUGAUAAUGAGAUGCAUCUUCUGCGACUUCAUGUUGGUAUGUGAUUUCACAUAAUCUUUGAUAAUAAACGCAGCUAUUUGUCGUAUUUUAAUCCUCCAAGAAUUUUCAAUACUAUUUCGGCUGAAAUACAAACAUGACUGACGCCGAAAAAUCAGACUCUUUUAACCAGCAGGAUAACUGGGACUUACCAUCGUCUUCAGUAUCCUCAGGCCAGUUGACAGAUGAUCCUACCAAACCUUACCGAAAGAAGUAUCGUUCGAAAUCGGCUGUCUCUAACGAUCCUAGGAGUCCUUAUUAUACAAGCCAAGGCCUGGCAAGCGAAGAAAGUAUGAAAUUAGGAGGCCGCUUUACGAAAUCGCAAAGUGUUUCUUGUGUGCCAGGAUAUGACUGUCAAACAUACGCCAACAAGUGCCAGCUGCCCUUUAAUGGAGGUAUAGUCGGCCUGAAUUUGUCGCCAGAUGACCCUAAGGCUGCUACUAUCCGGCAGCACUAUUAUCCAGAGGGUGGCUGGGGUUACGUGGUGUGCGUGUGUGCUUUUUUGGUAGAAGUGAUAUCCGGUGGAAUUCAAGCAAGCUUUGGUCUGCUGUUGAUCACGAUAAUGUCUACAUUCAGUAAGGAGGCCACUCUAAUCAACACAGUGCUAGUUGGAGUAUCCUGCAUGUCUGUAAGCCUUCUUCUAACUCCUGUGGUGGUCUCGCUUGGCCGGCGAAAGAGUCCCCGCCUGCUGGCCAUUCUGGGCGGGCUGGUCUGCGCCCUGGGUUGCCUCUUCACAUCUUUCGCCUCUCAAUUGCACCAACUGCACUUCAGCUGUGGCGUCGUGCUGGGCGCUGGUCUCGGCCUCACACGCAGCACAGCCACCCUCAUGGUUGGCCAGUACUUCAAGAAGAGAAGAGAACUCGUCGAAGUCUUCGUGGUUUGUGGCUCUGGGACUGGUACAGCGCUCGUACCACUUCUAGUUGCUCAUGCCAUCAGCACCCUUGGAUGGCGACUGGGUCUGCAAGCCAUCACCGGGCUGGUCUCCCUUACUUUUCUGCUGGGCAUCUUUUACAGACCAGCGUCCUUAUACCACCCUCAACGUAGAGCCAUACUGCAUUUGAAAGGUCUGCAGAAGCGUUCUAAAGCCAAAGACAAAGGGGCGCAGAAGGAGAAGCCGCCCUUCUUCGAUCUCACUGUUCUCAGAUCCAGAACAGUGCAGAUCCUGAUUGCCGGAAGCGCUUUCUCAGCAGUUGGUAUCCACGUUCCAUUCUUCUUACUGAUGUAUCAAGGACAUGAAGAAGGUCUUCCAUCCGGCUCUCUACUGCGUCUACAGGCCUAUAUGGGACUUGCUUCGGUUGUAGGCAGUGCAGCAUUUGGCUUCAUAGUAGUUAAGAACAGUCUACAGUGCUUCAUUGCUCGCCAAUAUCUCAGCCAAGCAUCCUUAUUCAUGAUGGCUGGCUCUCUAUUGGCCUUUGUCUCACUUCAAGGAUACAGUGGAUUCGUUCUUUUUACAUUGGUGUAUGGAUUCUUCCAUGGAGGUUACAUGUACACCCUGAAGAUGUUCGUGUUUGAAAAAGUGCGGGCCAGAAACUUUGCAAGAGCAUGGGGAUUCGUUCUCGGAAGUCAGGCUAUACCGCUGCUCAUAGGAGUGCCUCUCACAGGUUAUUUGACCAAGACUAGAGGUGAACGUAUGGGCCUUUAUUUCGCCUGUGCCUGCAUUUUUAUGGGCGGCCUUCUACUUUUCUUUAUAGACCUUCACAAAAGGAAUGUAAAGCGACAGAAGAGCAAUGCUAUCGGUUCCGGUUCAGACAUCGAGCAAGUGGAUAGAAGAGCUUACCUGAGCCGCCGCGUGACUUUACAGGAACUCGCCAAUUCACGAAUCCUCGCCAAGCACAAGAUCUCAAAUGAAUUAUUGCAUAAGCAGGAGCUUACCUGUAUAUCUGAAGAAGUGAUAAUGGAAAACAUCUUCGACGAUUAUGUGGAUGACUGCAUCACUUCUUGCAAUAAAGAGGAGAAAUACUUGAUGCUCAGUGAAUUUGAGAACAAUCUCAUCAACACACAGGAAUCGUCGAGUGUCAGCCAAGAGGUUCGAAAACUUGCACAAGAGAGAAAGAUCUCGAGCUCGAGUCCACCGCUGCUGGAGCACUGCCCAAACUGCUUCAGAGUAGUGCCGAUAGAAGGCACCACAACCUGCGGAUUUAGUGAUGACUUAACAGAUGUGCCAACAAAGACACAUGUCUCCAGAUCUUCUGCCAAGAAAUUAACAGCAUCUAGAAAGAAAGAAAACAAAAAUUCAUUGCAAAAUGAUAUAAUAGAUGAAGUGACAUCUUCCAUGUGAACUCCGAUUACAUGAAUUUUUAACACAUGGAAGUAUGAUAAAAUUUUGGGAAGGGAGAACUGUCUGAAAUGUCACGAUACCCCAUAAACACAGACAAUAUAUCUACAAUAUUAUGUUAUAUUCUGAAUGUCGUGCAGUAUCUUGGAAAGAUAUAGAAAUACUGUAGAGCAUUUUGUACUGUUAGGUUAUAUAUCUGAGCAUUAUUGAUGCUGCAUUUCAUCAAAUAACUGAAAUAUAGUAAAUAGAUGGCAGCACAAUCAAAAUCAAUAAUUUACCAUCUGUUGUCAGAAAGCAUAAAACUGGUUUUAAAAUGCUACGGAUAGAUGCCGACACUAUAUUGUAACUAUUUCUAAUUAAUUUCUUUCAAAGAGACGUGCUUUGAAAGCUCUUCAGGAAAGAGCAUUUUGUAUGUCUAAUAUUUCAUAAAAAAUAUAAUAAUAAUUUAUUGUGUUAGUUCGAUAAGCAUCAAUUGAAACGAAACAUCUUAUAAAAACUGAUAAAUAUUUAAUUUAUUCAAUUUCAUACAAUUUACUAUGGAAUUUCAUGCAACAGUCAUAGUGAACAGAACUUUUUAACUGUAUAUGAGCUGAAACAUUUAACAACUGUGUUAUUUAUGAUAUUAUAUAAUCAUUGUAUGUUAACGAUG